UUUUUUCCCUUUAGAGUUGCCGUAGUUUAACACGGCGGGAUCAACUGAAUGGAUAACAACUUAGCAUGUGCUACCAAACUGUUUUUAAGAUUCACUAAAUAAUAUUUAACCAGACGGUUGGGAGAGGUGACAGCACAGGGCAACUUUUACAGCUCAUAACCUAUUAUUUCUAAAACGAGCACUGUUAAAUGACGUGUUAAUUUGGUAACUUAUUUAGCUAGCUAGCUGAGCGUGUCAGCUGUAAAAUACUAAGUCUGUCUAAGUUAAACUCUCUGUGUUUGGUGGUCCACGGUGUUUCUCCGGAGUCUAGAACCAAGAUUUGACCGCGGUGAAGAUGUGUUCUCUGGCUCUGUUUCCCCCUCCGCUGCCCUCCGGACAAACCACUCUGUGCGAAUCCAACAACGAGCUUCUUUCUGGAGCCAACAACUCCGAGGCGAGACAGGACUCCAGUCCGCUGAGUCUCCAUUUCCCCAGAGAGUCUCUGAAGCUCCACAGCCGCACAGAAAGCAGCAGCAAAGCAGCUUUCCUGGACCACUCGGAAACUCUGUGGAUGAGGAGCGCUGCUGCUUGGCGGGACGGCGGGUUCACUGGGCUGCUCAAUGAAAUUACAACCUCACAUGCAGAAGUGCCAAAGUGGCUGCUCAUUUGAAAUACAAAUCAUGUGGAGUGAUGCUGAAGUUUUUUUAUUUUAUUUUAGCUGAGCAGUGAGGACAUGAUCGCCGAGUUUUCUCAGGUGCUAAACUGGUCUGAUUGUGUGGUGCGAGCCUUCGCCUGGCAUCCACACACUGAUAAGUUUGCUGUCACUUUGUUGGAUGACUCCAUCAAGAUCUACAACCCCAAAAGUGCCAUCAGUCCCACACUGAAGCAUCGUCUGCAGAAGAACGUUGCAGCCGUGCAGUGGAAGCCUCUGUGUGCGUCUGCGCUGGCGGUGGCGUGUCAGAACUGCUUGUUGGUGUGGAACGUCGACCCCUGCUCUCUGUCUACCAGGCCUUCUUCUGGCUGUGCUCAGGUUCUGUCCCACCCUGGUCACUCCCCGGUCACGUCCAUCGCCUGGUCUCCGAGCGGAUCCCUCCUUGUGUCUGCCUCCCCACUGGACACCUCCAUGAUGGUUUGGGAUGUCGCUGCAGAGAGCUGCGUACCUCUGCAACGCGUCGGAGGAGGCGGCGUCACCUUCCUGUCCUGGUCCCCAGACGGCAGCCACAUCCUGGCAUCCACACCGUCUGCCUUGUUCAGGGUUUGGGAGACCAGGAUGUGGACCUGCGAGCGCUGGCCGUGCAUAAAGGGGCGCUGCCAGUCUGGCUGUUGGAGUCCAGAUGGGAGUCGGCUUCUCUUCACAGUUCAAGGAGAAAUGGUCAUCUACGCUCUGACCUUCUCUGGAUCGCCAGGUGUCCCUCCAGGUUUGGUCAAAGGGCCACAGAUUGCCGUUGUUGCUGCUGACCUAUCAGAGACGACCUUUAACAGCCCAGAUGGAGACAUCAUUGUUGGUGGAGAGAUUCAGUCUCUGUCGUGGGACCCCAGAGGAGAGCGGCUCGCAGUUCUUCUUAAAGGCGAUCCUGGAGCAGCCAACCGGCCUGCAAUAAUCGCCGUCUUCAAAACAAGAGCCAACCCCGUCUUUGAGCUUCUGCCUUGUGGGUUUGUUCAGGGAGAACCGGGUGCAGAACCGAGGCUGCUGCAGUUUCAUCCGAAUUUCCAGCAUGGGGCUCUGCUGACGGUGUGUUGGUCGAGUGGAAAAAUUACACACAUCCCUUUCUACUUCCUGAGCUCCGGCGUCUCCCAGGUUGGCCUCAGCCGGAGUCCACCGCUGCCUCACCAACAGGAAAGACCUGCAGACUUUUCUAAUCAGUCGCUCUUCACAGAGCUCAUCUCCUGACACAACAUCUGCCAAAACCUUUACAGGUUGUUAAUAAAAUUAUGUAAAAACAC